AUGUCUUCCACAGGUAAACAUGAGCCCCCCAUUUUCAAGAAUAAGCUGCAAGAAUACACUCAAAAACGAGCUCUGCCAUUCCCAUCAUAUCGAACAGCCAACGAGGGAUUUCAGCACGCACCAAUGUUCAGGUCAACUGUGUUUGUUGAAGGAGUGGAGUAUACAUCUAAGCAGACAUUUCGCCGUCUCAAAGAAGCUGAACAAGAUGCAGCAAAACUUGCUUAUGAGUGUAUUUUAUGCAAUGAACAGCAGCUUGAUGCCAAACCCCUGCUUCAUGAGGAUCCAAAAUCUAGCAAGUCAAUGCUGUAUGAAUAUGCAUGCAAACAACAGUUAGAUAUGCCUGCGUACAAGACUCAGUCUUCGGAAGGAGAAGGACAGCUACCUAUUUUUGUCUCCACGGUGACAGUGGCUGGUAAUAACUUCACUGGCAAAGGAGGACAAAGCAAGAAAGACUCAGAACAGCUUGCUGCACAAGCUGCACUGCAGUGGCUUCAAGGAACUAACUCUGGAGCUAUUCUCAACCAAAUGGCGAGCUUAAAGCGAAAACACUAUAGUGCACUUAAAACAGUCAAGUUCACAGGUAGUAACCUAAAGAAGCCAAGGAGCACUAAUGUCAAAGGUCCUGGGGAUGUCUCAGAGUCGAAAAGUGGUACCACGCACUUAACAUCAGCUCCUCACUAUUCUACUGCUGUAACACAGCAGCGUAGCAGCUUUAAACAGCGUUCAGCAGGGCGCAGUUGA